AUGUCCUCAGACGACGAGUCAGACGAUGACUUACUCAUGGAGGUUGCGUUGCUCAUCCACGAGUACAAUGUCGCGCAGAUCCCUGUGUACCGGAGGUCCUUGCCGAAACGCACGCUGGCCUUGGAUCGCAAAAGAGAACGCGGCCACGACAUGCUCUUUUACGACUACUUCCACUACAGCAAGGCAUUGUUCACGCCGCAAAUGUUUCGCCGCCGUUUUCGGAUGUCCAGACCGUUAUUCAACUGGAUAAUGGAUGUCGUCAAGGUUUACGACGACUACUUCAUCGCCAAACAUGAUGCAGUUGGCAAGGUAGACCUAUCUUCAUAUCAUAAAUGCACAACAGAUAUUAGGAUGCUAGCAUAUGGUGUUGCCGGUGACUACAUAGAUGAGUACAUCCGGAUGAGCGAGUCUAGCAGCUUGGAAGCGAUGUAUAUGUUCUGCAGAGUAGUGAUCGAUGUGUUUGGUGGUGAAUUUCUGAGACAACCUACUGCAGAGGACACAACCCGUCUGUUGUCAAUCAACGCUUUCAAGGGGUUUUCUGGGAUGCUUAACAUCAUAGAUUGCAUGCACUGGAAGUAA